AUGCAGCACGAAAUUUUCAUUAAACAGGAGAUUGAAGUGGAGAUAGACAUUGUGAAGCAAGAAUCACCAGUCCCUCGUGCGUACAAUACUCUUUUCAUACAUGAAGUUUUGUAUUUCACAGCUACACGAGAUGAAGCUAGUAAUGAGGUGUGUGAUAAAAUUAACGUAGAACUGAGCAAUCCAUGUGAUAAAAGUGAAAUAAAGUUAAACCAAUCUGGUAAUUUUAAAAGACCUCAGAGAAGAGAUCCAGAUAAGAAGUCUCAUUCCAAUAAUAUUCAUGAAACAAAAUCGUCUGAUGCCGCUGAAAGUUCAACGGGGCAAAAUACAGUUAAUGCAGAUGAAAUAUCUCACAGUAGUGCUAGUGAAAAAACGUCUAAUCAAUUCGGUGAUUUAAAGGGACAGAAAAUAAUUCAUAAUGGUGAAAAACCCCAUUCAUGCGAUGUUUGCGGUAAGAGUUUCAAACAAUCUGGUGCUUUAAGGAAACAUUAUAGAAUACAUACUGGUGAAAGACCCUAUUCAUGCAAUAUUUGCGGUAAGAGAUUUAUCGAAGGAGGUCACCUGAAGAAACAUAAUGCCAUACAUACUGAUGACAGACGCUAUUCGUGCAAUGUUUGUGGCAAGAGUUUUCAUCAAUCUUGUUCUUUCAAGAAACAUUAUAGAAUACAUACCGGUGAACGGCCCUAUUCAUGCAAUGUAUGUGGUAAGAAAUUUAUUGAAUCUAGUCAUUUGACGUCACAUAAUAGAUUACACACUGGUGAAAAAACACGUAGUAAAUUAAAUUCCGAUGUCAAACCCUAUUCCUGCAAUUUAUGUGAUAAGAGGUUCAGCUCUGCGAGUGAUUUGACAAAACAUAAUAGAACACAUACCGGAGAUAAACCCUAUUCAUGCAGUGUUUGUGGUAAAAGUUUUACUGAAGUCGGCCGUUUGAAUAAACAUAAACGAAUACAUACAGGUGAAAAACCCUAUUCAUGCGAUGUUUGCGGUAAGAGUUUUACUGAAUCGGGUAAUUUGAAGAAACAUUAUAGAGUACAUACUGGUGAGAAACGUUAUUCAUGUGACAUGUGUUCGCUGAAAUUUAAGCAAAAGAAAACUCUCGUUAAACAUUUACAAACACAUAUGGAUAGUUAGUUUUCAGAGUAGAGGGGAAGAUUCAAAGUGAAGUAAGACCUACGUGAAUAUGUUUGUCUUCAAACGCCCGUAGUACCUCGGUACUCUUUGUUCAACAUGUAAUGUAGAUCAUAGAUUACUUAUUUUUCUUUAACAUUAUUUAUUUUAACAUCAAGGUUACAUAAUUAUAUAUUAAGGUACUCAAAUGUUUGCUGUAUUUUAAAACGUUGUAACAAAUUUUUAAAAUAAACCAAACUAAUCCAA